AUGGCGAGUGCGCCGAAGCGGUGCGAUGUCGUAUGCUUCCGACGACCUACUUGUAUGGACCAAUACUUCUUCUCCCCUCAGGUACUCCAGAAGCGCAAGUUGAGCACGCCACAGCUGCCGAAUCUAUCAGAAUAUGCAGUCAAUCUACGCCGCAAGAGACCACAUACCCUCGACAAUAACUCACAGGCCCAGGAGAUGAAUGUGAUUUACAUACGCUCCUAUCCCUCGCCCCCCCAUGACCCGGAACCCACAUCUGCCACCGCCUCAUCCCACGGCAAAGAUGUCCCCGCUACCAGGAAGCGCCAAUGGAGAGUUUCGAUUCGUGUCAACAAUAAUGCCCCGACCUUGGCAAAUAUUGAAGACCCUUUUCCCGAAGUUGAUUACUCCGGAGUCUUUGAGAAGUAUUUGCAAAGCUCCGGCCGACCUCGUUGGAGCUCUCAGAAUCUGGCCCCUGACCAGGACGGCUUGGAUGAUAUAGCACUUGCGGAGAAGCGGAUUGAAGAAUAUGGCAAAGCGCUGUUUGACCAGCUGGACAAAAAUACCAAUUUCUUCGAGACUGGCGAUUCAGAAGCCCAGAUUUAUGUGGUGGAGCAUCACGGCAACGACAACAUGAGCACGACGGAGGGCGGCAUUCACUGCCUGGCAUGGGAGCUACUAGAGUCUGUGGAAGUGGCACGUCUACCCAACCUACGCUUGCGCGUGACCCGUGUCAGCGACUUUCCAUCUCGUCGAUCAAUUCAACCCCCACGACCCGAAGGCCCGCGGCUGGCAGAAAUUCAAGCAGAUACCAACGCCACUUUCAAAAUUCUCCUGGUUAUUGCCCGCGACUUUUCCCGCGCCGGUGCCCAACGAGACCCGGAGCCGGACUUGGCACAGUGGCCACUUAUGAAUCUCCAAAAGAAGCUCCGAAGCCGCCUUACUCUCGAAAUUGUGCGCCCAGGUAGCCUCGAAGAACUAGACCGUCAUCUGUCUAAACGAGCCAAGCAGAAGGUCGAGUUCAAUUUGGUUCACUUUGACCUCCACGGGCGACUUAUGCGCAAUGAGACUGGUGAGCUGAGUCCCUGGUUGAUGUUCGCAAAGCAAUACAGACCCAGUGCUUCAGAAUCUUCCAUCCCUCAAACGCAACUUGCCAAAGCUGAUGCCGUCGCGGAAGUUCUUGCCCAGCAUCAAGUCGAGAACGUUGUGCUCAAUGCUUGUCUAUCGGCAUACAACCGAUCUGGCCCCGCAACCAACUUGACACACAUUUUUUUGCGACACGGCAUUUCAAAUGUCUCAGCCAUGUGGUAUUAUGUUCACUGGAAGACAGUUCAAACCUACGUGGAAGCCUUUUACGACAAGUUACUCAUCGAGUGCCUCGACUUCCAUGCGGCAGCCCAGCGGGCGAGGGAGUCUCUGCGGCAGCAGCCCACCUGCCUCACAGGACGGGCAUACCAAGACUUCUUCCUCUGUGUCAACUAUGCGCGCAACUCGCAUAGGAGUGAUAGCAUGUUGCGCGAAGCCAGCCCGUCGCCUUCGGUAAAGUCACACGAUUCGACCUUGACCACGUCCAAUGCAUCGAUCAAGAGUUCGCGCAGCGGGAGCUGGAUGAAACCAUCCUCGAGGAUUACAGGUGGUUUUGGCUGGAUGAACGGGCCUAUUUUGCGGCUUCAGUUGCACCUUCUGGAGCUCGAGUACAAACUCAUGACAUUCAGAAUCGUAUACGCCAGCGACUUGGACCAGGCCGGCUCCGACCUCGAUGGGACACUGGACAGGAUGGUCAAUAUGUGGCUCAACACCAAUCUCAUUGAUGAGGUGCUUUACUACAAGGCCAAAGACUUUGGGAAGCGCAGCCUCAUUUCUGGGGGUGUCUCGGUAACCCGGCGUGACAGACGCAGACGAGGGAGUUACAGCGGGCCGUUGCAGCGCUUGUUUCCUCGGGCUGUAGACCCGGUGCGACAGACGUUGCACAUUGUGAGGGAGGUUGACAGCGUGGUGGAUCCAGGGAUGCAGGCCGACGAGCUUGAAAACCAGCGGCAAGAAGAGCGGCGGUUCUUGGCUCAAGAGGGUCUAAAACACUUUGCCAACAAGGUGCAUGAGGAGGGCUGCGACUACAUGAUCUUCCUAGGGAGCCAAAAUGCCCAAUGGUGGCGAACAUAUCUCCAAGCUCUGGACGGCGAGUGGUGGUUAGGCAUGCCAUGGAGCUUCACCGUACACACCAGAUUCAGCAAGGCUACGGAGACAGGUUCAAAGAUGGAUCAACACAGACCGUGUGCACCGACAGGACUAGCCGUUGGCUAA